CUGUUUGUGGAAGGUGCGACAGCCAACGAUGUUACGCAGGGAAUACUUGGCAACUGUUGGUUCGUUUCGGCGUGUUCUGCGUUGACACACAAUCAAGCGCUACUCAACAAGGUGGUGCCGGACGCGAAGGAGCAGGAAUGGGAAAGCAGCAAUCAGUAUUGCGGUAUAUUUCGAUUUUGCUUCUGGCGUUUCGACAGCUGGAUUGAAGUUGUCAUCGACGAUCUGUUGCCGACACGAGAUGGCAAAUUGCUGUUUGCUCGAUCUAAGUCACCGAAUGAGUUCUGGAGCGCCCUACUGGAAAAAGCAUUCGCGAAGUUAAUUUUAACGUUUUUCUAGAA